AUGGCUUUAAAACCCGGAUUUGACCGCAAAACGGCCAAGAAAUUCGCCGUUGUGCACAGACCGCACGAUGACCCACGAUUCCACGAUGCAGAAGCAUCUGAACACGUCUUGGUACCGCUGGAAGAUCGCAAAUCACAGAAGAAAAGCUCCUCGAAAGCUAGGUCGCCGUUUGCUCAGGGACAAGGAAGGUCAGAGAAAGACUUGAAGAAAAGUGCGGCGCACGAACACAUUGGUGAAGCAGCGCUCUAUGGUAUUGGUUUUGACGAUUCCAAGUACGAUUACACUCAGCAUCUUAAACCGGUUGGGUUGGACCCACAGAAUGCGGUUUUCAUACCCGCCAAGUCGACCACGCAACCAAAAUCGCGCGAGCUGAAGGCUGAAGACCUCUUCGCGGAAUUGGAAGUUCAGGAGCCCCAGGAUAAAAAGAACGAAUCGAUGUUUGAGCGUGGUGGUACUGCCAAGCGGGAGUAUUUGAAGCAUCAGCAAGAUGUGGAUGAGGAGCUGCGUGGCUUCAGACCCGACCUGAACCCCGCGCUAAGAGAAGUGCUGGAAGCGCUAGAGGACGACGCUUACGUGGUGAACAAAGACAUCGCCGUCAAGAAGACUAAAGCUGAUGCUGAAGAGACUACUGAAGGUGGCGCAGACGAUGACGACUUGUUCGAACAACUUCUACUCGGGGGUGAGGUUGAAGACGCAGAAGAUUUUGAUCAAGAGUUCGACGAGUGGGAUGUUGACAAUUUACAAGACUAUGAAGAGGAGCAUUAUCGCGACGAGCUACAGCAGUUUGACAACAUUGAAAACUUCGAGGAUCUUCAAAAUAUCGACUACCAGGCAGACGUAACACGAUUCAAGCAGCAGCAGUCACGCAAAGGUCGUGGAGAGAGCCAUGAAGUGGGUGGAGAUGAUCAAGACUCGCUCAACGAGUUUGGGAAUGAUUCAGAUGCUGGCAGCUCCGUGGCCUUGCCAGAAGAAAACGGAGAAGAGGAGGAGGACGAUUUUGUGGGCGAACUACCGCAGAUCAGCACCAAAAAGAAGACCACCAAGAGCACGAGCAAGAGCCGCCGCAAGAAAGGUACGAUGUCGGACGUUUCUGGAUUCUCGAUGAGUUCAAGUGCGAUCGCGCGGUCCGAGGCGCUGACGGUGCUCGACGACCGCCACGACCAGAUCAUCGCGGGAUACGAAAACUACGAAGAGGAGCAGGAACAAGAAGAGGAGGACUACCAGCCCUUCAACAUGGCAAACGAGCGCGCCGAUUUCGAGUCCAUGCUGGAUGAUUUCCUCGAAAACUACGAGCUGGAGUCCGGUGGCAGAAAACUCGUGAAAAAGAACCACGAGGCGGCCCGUCUAAAACAAGCUGCUGACGAGGUUAGCAAGGGGAAAUUGUCGCAAAGAAGAAACAAACAGCGCCAAGGAAAUACUGGAGUGGACUCCAUCACAGGAAACUUGAAGAGCUUGAGGUUUUAA